UUUUAUUAUUCAAUGGAUAAAAAUACUCUAAAUAAAAAUGAUGCCUAUAACGAAAUGGUUAGGGCCGCCAAAACUGAUUUCUCAUUCGAGCCAAGCCUUAGAUAUCGCACUAUUACCGGCGUUAGGGGACCCUUGGUAAUUUUGGAUAAAGUUCGUUUUCCUCGCUAUUCUGAAAUUGUACGAAUUAAUAUGGGAGACGGAACUACUCGAAGAGGCCAGAUUCUUGAGGUUAGAGGCAACGUAGCGGUCGUUCAAGUCUUCGAAGGCACGGCCGGUAUUGACAACAAAUCUUGUACCGUCGAUAUGACUGGCGAAACCUUGAAGAUGGGAGUUUCUGAGGAUAUGCUGGGAAGAGUUUUUAAUGGAAGCGGUUUCCCAAUAGACGACGGACCUUCUAUCCUGCCAGACGACUAUGUCGAUGUCAACGGAUAUCCUAUCAACCCUAUCUGUAGGAUGCACCCACGAGAAAUACUUGAAACGGGCAUUUCUACCAUUGAUGUCAUGAAUUCAAUAGUUUUAGGCCAGAAAAUACCGUUAUUUAGCGCUGCAGGCCUUCCUCACAAUGAAAUAGGCGCUCAGAUUUGUAGACAGUCCCGUCUAGUAGACGGGAAGGAUACAAAGGAUAAGCAUCCUGACAAUUUCGCCGUUGUUUUCGCAGCCAUGGGCGUCAAUCUUGAAACUGCCGACUUUUUCCGCAGAGAUUUUGAGCAAACAGGCGCCAUGUCACGCGUAGUUUUAUUCCUGAACCUCGCCAAUGACCCUGCGGUGGAACGUAUAAUCACGCCGAGAUACGCAUACACGGCUGCUGAAUACCUUGCAUUUGAUAGAGAAAUGGACGUUUUUGUAAUUUUAACUGAUAUGAGCUCAUAUGCAGACGCUCUUAGGGAGGUUUCUGCAGCGAGAGAGGAGGUGCCUGGCCGCAGAGGGUACCCGGGAUACAUGUAUACAGACCUUGCAAGUCUAUACGAAAGGGCAGGCAGAAUAAACGGGUCUACUGGAAGCAUAACGCAAUUCCCUAUUUUAACGAUGCCAAACGACGACAUAACUCAUCCGAUCCCUGAUUUAACUGGUUAUAUCACGGAAGGUCAGAUUUUCGUUGAUAGAACUCUAUUUAACAAGGGCAUUUAUCCACCGAUCAACGUCCUUCCAAGCCUUAGCAGACUAAUGAAGUCAGGAAUCGGGUCUGAUUUGACUCGAGAGGACCAUCCGAGCGUCAGUGAUCAGCUUUAUUCUGAUUAUGCCAUAGGCCAAGACACGAGGGCCAUGAAGGCUGUCAUUGGUGAGGAGGCUCUGUCCUCGGAUGACUUACUGUACCUUGAAUUCACUGAUAAUUUUGAGAACAAGUUUCUAAGGCAGGGUCAAUAUGAACGCAGAACCAUUGAGGAAUCCCUGGAUAUUUGCUGGGAGCUUCUGCGCACUUUUCCAGAGGACAUGCUCAAGAAAAUCAAGACUGAUUUGGUCAAGAAGUAUUACCCUAGAAAGUUAUAAACCUGAGAUCGCACUCUAUUUUAAUUCUUACUCAACGAUUUAAUUUAUAACUAAUGAAGUCAACC